UAAUGCAUAGCUGAAUUCAAAUUUCCUUAAUUGAAGUAAUUCCUAGUGUUAGCAUCAAUGUUUUCUGCUUAAUUGAUAUUUUCAAGAUGUAAUUGCUUGCUUACAAUAUUUGAAAAUUAGCAUAACUGGUUUGCUCUUUCAUGAUUGCAUUUGGAUUAAGUUCAUUUUCGGCAUGGAUGAUUAUGUAUAAUUAUGGAUUUAGAAUUUAGAGAUGUUUUUUUGGUUCUUUUUCAGUUAAGCAGUGAGCUGUAUCUAUUAUGAGAAUAGAGGAAUGCCGAAAAUUUUGGGAAACCAUUGGUUGGUCAAAUGACUUUGAUUACGUUGUUCAUUGUGUCAUGUGUGUCAAAUGCACUGCCUGUCGUGAUUGCUUUUGGUCAUCUCUGUUGUCAGUACUAUAGUAAAAGAACAAGCUUUGGAAUUGGUUAAUUGUUUGCUAUUUAACUGCUUGACGCGUGGCUUUGUGUAGUUAGGGAUUUAAGUGCAUAUGCAUCCUUAACCAGUUUCCUAUCUGAACUGUUAAUCAAUUUCUUUCACCAUUACGACGGCGAGAAUCAGUAUCUUCUUUUGAUCUGAAAGAGGAAAGAUUUAAUACCUAUAAACUUUGUGGUUUUUAUUUUGCUUAAUUGAUAUGCUUCAUACUUGCAUCAUUCAUGUCGGCAAGUUUAGCAAUCUUAUCAUAUCUGUUUGUUUUUUGGAACCCUUUGUAGCAGAUUCACUAGUUUAUUCCAAUUGUAACCAUCAAUAUGAGGAGAUCAACACUCUGGGUUUGGUGACUAGGAAAGAUAACUUGCAUCCGCAUAUUCAUAGUUAUAUAUGUAGCAAUUUGGUUUUCCUCAUUCCUUAAUGUGCUUUGGCCUUUGGAAUCAUUGGAUUAUUGUCUCCGGUGGCCAUGAGCUUUCUAGUUAUUAUUCCUGGGAUGAUGAUGAAGGAGCAAUGCGGGCAAUCAGAGAUAGCGACUCCAUUGGAGCAUCUUAUGAUCCUUACCUUCGCAGCAUGCAAUUGUCAUCAUAUAAUGUGAGCCAGUCUGCUAGACCAAUGAGUAGGAGAAUUCCUGGCCGUUCUGUUGAUGAUCCCCAUAUAGUGGGUAUUGGUGGCAUUGAACCUGGACAAACAAUAAAGAGGACCUUAGGAUUUGGUGGUGGAAUGCCUCAACCUGCCCUUCCUCCUGAUGCAUCCAGCAAACUCUUUGUGAUGGAUUUGCCUUCUGACUGUACAUGCCGAGAAGUUUCUCAUAUUUUCCACCUGUUUGUUAGGUACAAGGAAGUGAGACUUGUAAGCAAGGAAUCUAGAUAUCCUGAAGGAGAUCCAUUGAUACUUUGUUUUGUUGAUUUUGUAAGCCCUGCUUAUGCUGUCACUGUCAUGGAUGCUUUUACAAGGGAAUAUACGCUGGAUCAAUGUAUGGUAGCUGAGAUUCUGAGAAAGUAAAACUUUGUUGAAUGAAAUUUGUAUUUGAGGUAAUGUUUAACAUCUUAUCACAUAUGAGUUGUGAAGCCCUAUUUGCUCAUUCAAAGUGCAGUAAGUUGUGCCGUAUAAUAGUUAAGCUUGAUUUUGCAUGUUAUAAAUUCGA